AUGCAUACUUAUUAUUAUGCUUUAUGGUUGCUAACUUUAAGCAUUGUUUUGAGCAAUUCGAGAUAUAUAUCUCGACCGAUCGACAGUGAACGAUAUGAAGAUAUAUAUGAUCCAAAUACUUAUUUUGAUUAUGUUUAUCGACCUAAUGGUCUCGCAACAUAUUUAAGUAAUCUUGCUUUAGAAAUGCAUGAUGGUAAAUUAAAUGAUGGUGGAAUAUUCGAACGGCGAACUAAAUCAAUCAGAAAAGGUGAUCCACGUGAAUUUAUGGGAUAA